GUAUUUUCCGCAGAAGAGGAACGCCGACGACAUAGCUACAACGCCCAACGUACGCAUAGAUGCAAAUGUGGCGCCACUGCAGAGCCUACAACGCGCAGUUAACAACCUCUAUAGCGGUAAUAGUGUCCAGAGGCCUUUAUAAUGCGUAAGUCGUGAAGCAAGAGGCUCGGAAUAAGCCAAGUGCGCAUUUUCAUUUUUUCAUUUGGAUAAAUGGAAUUGAGCUACCGUUUACUGAACGGAAAUAACGAGAUCAUUUUCGAGCGUGUGAAUCUGUUAUGAACUGAAAAACAACGACGUGAUGCCAAAAUGGAUGGGACUGACAAAAUUGAGUGUGAGAACUGUCAAAAAGAAAUCAGUGAAUGUAUAUGCCCUCCAUUAGCUUGUCCAGCAUGCACACGACUAUUCAUACCCGAAUUGAUGAAGGUGCACACGGUCAUGUGUGGCAAUUCGCAGGAAACCUGUAUGUUCUGCGAAAAUAAGUACUUUGUGCGCGAUCGACCAGUGCACCGAAGGAACUGCAGCGGCUACCGCACAUACUGUGCAGAACGCCUAUUCUACAUAAGAGCAAUUGAGCAUUGGAAGCCUAACGACAAUUUGGUAACAAGUCGAUUCGAUAUUGAUGUCCUUAUCGAAUAUACGGGCUCGCUUAUUAAACGGAUGGAUAGGGCGGCGCUCGAGCUGAAACAGCGAAGGCGAGCCCUUAUGUAUCUUCGCAGAAGGGCGCAAAAGAACAAGUUUAUGGUGCCUAAUUUUGAGGCGCUUCGCGCUUCAAGCAUUUCGCCUAUUAAUAUCUCGGGUUUUCCCACUCUGCCACCGUUACCUCGACCUGUUCAGCCAUUCACAGCAGUCAAUCCGUCCGGAGCACCUGCAGAGACCACAUGUACUGCAGUGGUUCCCUAUGUGCCUUUAACUACACUUCCACUGCAGGCUCGAUCCGCCACGCUUUUACCGCCACCUCAAUCGACGCCGUUCGCAUUAGCACAACGACCAACAGCAACAGCGAAGCGUCAUACGGUGUACUAUACAGGUGCGGUUAUGGCCCAUGAUAGCAACUUCACUAGUCAUAACCCUGGAACGGAGGAGGAGCUCUGCUAAAUAUAAUGCCAGAUCAGGAAACCUCUACAGGGACCUAUUAUUUUCAAACGUCUUCGUCCCCAUUUUGGAGUUACUUCUGUAAACGAAAAGUCUGGUGGCUAAUGGGAAGAGAGAGGCUCAUUUACGAGGAUGGAAUCGUACGUUGGUAACUAGCGCGGAUAUCGGUUAACGGAUGACUUUCCAACAGAGUAAAAUAAUCGGACAAAAUCAAAAUUAAUACAAUUGAUUGGCAAAAUUGUUGUUCCGACUAAGCGUUCGAAAGUUUGGUUGCACAAAAUUGCACAGAAAAUAAACAUACGUAUGUCACGCCGGA